AUGAAUGGACUUGGAUCCUUCUACCUUGGCUGAAGCCUGUUAUUCAACAGAAGGAUUUUGAUACAGUCUCUGAGCAGCAUUACAAUGUUAACAGCACAUGAGCAUAUUAGUGCAGGUGGAGAGGCCAUGAAUGAUAACAAAUUUCUGAACACAGACUCCAGCACAGGAUCAGCGGAAACAACCGUCAAGCCUCUACCAUUUAAAGAUCCAAACUUCAUCCACUCCGGCAUUGGUGGAGCAGCAGCUGGCAAGAAGAACAGAACUUGGAAGAACCUAAAACAAAUUCUUGCUUCUGAAAGGGCAUUGCCAUGGCAACUAAAUGAUCCUAGCUAUUUUAAUAUUGAUGCUCCUCCUUCCUUUAAGCCUGCCAAGAAAUAUUCGGACAUUUCAGGACUUCCAGCAAAUUACACAGAUCCUCAGAGCAAGCUAAGAUUUAGCACUAUUGAAGAAUUUGCCUAUAUUCGGAUGCUCCCUUCAGAUGUGGUUACAGGAUACCUGGCUCUAAGGAAAGCAACAAGUAUUGUUUCCUGA